AUGAGAAUCCUCUGCCUUCACGGAAAAGGCACGAGCGGCGACAUCUUCCGGUCGCAGACGGCGGCCCUCCGUGCCAAGUUGGACGCCUCGUAUGUGUUUGAUUUCGUCGAUGGCCCGUUCGCAUCCGCGUCGGCGCCCGGGGUGGACAAGCUCUUUGAUGCCGGCAGCGGGGCGUAUAGUUGGUGGCCUACAGAAUCGGCACAGUCCAUCCGCUCGGCGCAUGCCUGGCUCGACGACUACCUGGCCGCCCACGGGCCGUACGACGCGCUCAUGGGCUUCUCACAGGGCUGCCUCCUAAUUUCGAGCUAUCUGAUGCACCGGGCCCGCGACCUCGGAUCGGCGCCGCGGUCUUCUUCGUUCGGCGCAAACAGCCCGCCACUGCCGUUUUGCGCCGCCAUUUUUGUCUGUGGCGGUCUGUCCUUUACGUCGCUCGCGGCGCUCGGCGUGGCCAUACCGCCCGAGGUGCUGGCGCUCGAGAAGCGGUCCGCGGAGGCCUUGCACGCCAAGACACGCAUGUUUCGCGAGCUGGCGUCCCAGCCGGACCAGAUCCAGCGCGGCGUCGGGCUGUGGGACGACACCUCGGGCCUGGUGCACGAGCUGGGCGCGCCGCUGCCGUCCGACGAGGACGUCUUCGGCAUGGACUUUACGGCCACGGGCCCUUUCCCGGCCGACUUGUUCCUGACAAUGCCGACAGUGCACGUCUUUGGGAGCCGGGAUCCACGAUACCCUGCCGCACUGCAGCUGGCGCAUGCGAGCCGGGUGCGCAAAAUGUACGAUCAUGGUGGCGGGCACGACAUCCCGCGCACAACGGAGGUGUCGGAGCGGAUUGCAGGACUGAUUGCGCAGCUUGGGCGGGACAUUGGGCUAUGA